AAACGCAGUGAAAACAGUUCGUUCUUGUAUGAAGUCUCUCUCCGGUAGAGGUUGCGACUGGAUUUGACAUGGCCGGUAAUGGCGAAACAUCGUGGUGCUUUUCACAGAUAAAGGGUGCCCUGGAUGAUGAUGUUACCGAAGCCGACAUCAUUUCCUGCGUCGAGUUUAAUCAUGAUGGUGAACUUUUGGCCACCGGUGACAAAGGCGGAAGGGUUGUUAUAUUUCAGAGGGACCCGUCUUCGAAGGCAUCCACACCGCGGCGCGGUGAAUACAACGUGUAUUCCACCUUUCAAUCGCACGAGCCAGAGUUCGAUUACUUAAAGUCGCUCGAGAUCGAGGAGAAGAUCAAUAAAAUAAGAUGGCUGAAACGAAAGAAUCAGUCACAUUUUCUGCUUUCGACCAACGACAAAACGAUCAAGUUGUGGAAGGUGUCCGAGCGCGAUAAGCGUGUGGAGGGCUACAACACGCGGGAGGACAAUGGUAGCAUUCGCGAUCCUUCCUCGAUCAAUACGCUGCGGGUUCCAUCGAUCAAACCGAUGGAUCUGAUGGUGGAAGCGUCGCCGCGUCGUAUUUUUGCGAACGCGCAUACCUACCACAUAAACUCGAUCUCGGUGAACUCAGAUCAGGAAACAUACCUAUCGGCAGAUGAUCUGCGGAUUAACCUGUGGCAUCUAGAAAUUACCGACCAGAGUUUCAACAUUGUUGACAUUAAGCCGGCUAAUAUGGAGGAACUGACAGAAGUGAUCACCGCGGCCGAGUUCCAUCCGACAGAAUGCAACGUGUUCGUUUACUCGAGCAGCAAGGGUACAAUUAGGUUAUGUGAUAUGCGCUCUUCGGCGUUAUGCGACCGGCAUGCAAAGCUGUUCGAGGAGCCGGAAGAUGUGGAUAUAACAAAUAAAAGUUUUUUCCGCGAAAUCAUCAGUUCGAUUAGCGAUGUAAAGUUGAGCAAUUCCGGGCGCUACAUGAUAUCGCGGGACUAUCUGAGUAUUAAGGUGUGGGAUUUGCACAUGGAAACGAGACCUAUUGAAACGUAUCCGGUUCAUGAAUACCUCCGUACGAAGCUGUGCUCACUGUACGAGAACGAUUGUAUCUUCGACAAGUUCGAAUGUUGCUGGAACGGAAACGAUUCUGCAAUUAUGACCGGCAGUUACAACAACUUCUUCCGCAUUUUUGACCGAAACACGAGUAAGGACGUAACGUUGGAAGCGUCCCGCGACAUUAUCAAACCGAAGACAGUGUUGAAACCGCGCAAAGUCUGCACCGGUGGCAAGCGGAAAAAGGACGAAAUCAGCGUUGAUUGUUUGGCCUUCAACAAGCGGAUUCUCCACACUGCUUGGCAUCCGCUCGAAAACAUCAUCGCCGUGGCCGCAACCAAUAAUUUAUUCAUAUUUCAGGAUAAGUUUUAGCCAAUAGUAAUAGUAGUAGUGAGGAUAAUUAAAUAUUAUUCUAAUUGUAA